ACACCAAACAUCACAUAACCGCUCAAGUUCCUCACCCUCAUCUCCAGCCCUCUAAUCGGACAACCUUCCCCAACUCGUUCCCAUGGCGUCUGCUUCAUCUCUGCACAUUUCAAUAACGAUUCCACUCUCUUCACCCGCAAAUCGCCUUUCCUUGAGCGACAUUUCGUCAAUUGGAUUUUCUGAGAAGAAAAAGUGCAGAAGCAUCCAAAAUAAUCCGAGUUUUGUUCAUCGAAUCAUGUGUUCAUCAAAAGAUCCAUCAGCUGAAACAGAAAAAGGGCUCACACCAAAAUCAUCUGAAUCACUAAAGAUUGGGUCACCAAUCAUCAUAGUGGAAGCUCCUAAAAUGUUGAAGACAGCAGCUUCUAUGCCUUGUCUCAGAGUUAAUUCAGGUUUAGUUAAAGCGGGUGAUGUUGGAAGAAUUAUGGCAAGGAAGCCUAAGGAUGUAUGGGCAGUUCGUUUAGCCAUUGGUACUUAUCUCAUUGAUGGAAUCUACUUCAAGCCUUUACAAUUAGAUGAAAAUAAUUAAUUAUUAUUUAUAUACAAAUUGUAUAUUAUAUGCAACAAUUGUAAAAUUAUUAAAAACAGUUAAUUGCAAUUACAUAGUUACAGGUUUUAGAA